AGAUGAACGGAGUCGUUUCAGAGUAUCUAAAGAAGUGUGUUGAGUCUAAACACAACAGUUUGUACAAGGAAGAGAUGGAACCCAACGAGACCGCAGAUGAAACCAAAGUGUCUCACAUAGAAAAAGCCUACAGCACAAUACUGGCGGAGCUCGGAGAGGACAUCAACCGAGAGGGACUUCUUCGAACACCACUUCGUGCUGCCAAAGCCAUGCAGUUCUUCACCAAAGGCUACAAAGAAACCACCCAGGACAUCUUGAAUGAUGCUAUCUUUGAUGAGAACCAUGAGGAGAUGGUAAUUGUCAAGGACAUUGACUUGUUCUCUCUGUGUGAACAUCACCUGGUUCCCUUCUUUGGCAAGGCUCACAUAGCAUAUCUUCCAAACAAGAAAGUGGUUUGUUUGAGCAAAAUAGCAAGAAUUGUGGAGAUCUACAGUAGGAGACUUCAAGUUCAGGAGCGUCUAACCAAGCAGAUCGCUUCAGCAAUCGUUGAGGCGCUGGACCCUACUGGAGUGGCGGUGGUCAUCAAGGCUGUUCACAUGUGCAUGGUGAUGAGGGGUGUGCAGAAGAACAAUGCAAGUACUGUGACAAGCGUCAUGUUGGGAGCCUUUCAUGAUGACCCCAUCACACGCAAGGAGUUCCUCAACCUUGCACUGUAAAACAGGCCAAUCUACUCACAUUCCUCACCAUGAUAGUGAAUUACAAUCCUGAGACGUCAGCCUGAUAAGCAAUUGAAAGAUUACAAGUGUGUCUUUAGCAUUUUUUGUGCGGGUUUUUCUACAUUGGGGAAAACAAGUUUGGUUUUCACACUUUUUACUGUAGUGUGAAGCGAUCACAAUCACCCAAACAUCUUUCAAUAAUCAUUUCUACACUUGAAUGAAACAAAGUGGUAUGUGUUAUUAUACUAUCAAAGACAGUCUCACACAUAGCGACAACCAAGGUCGGUAGAGUAGGCAAAACAUUUUCUUGCCGUAUUUUUCGGGCCAUAGGGCGUACCGGUUUAUA